AGUCGUCUCCACAUACAUGCACACACAGCAGGCUUCUUCAUGUUUACAGGCAACUAGAUCACAUAUUCUCAUUUUAUGAUUGUCGAUACCAGGACUAUGGAGCCACUAGAGGAGGAGGCGCUGCUCGGACAGGAGUCAGAGGAGGAAAACAGUGAAUUAUCAGACGAUGAGCUCCAAGAAGCCUUUUCAAAGGGAUUGUUGAAACCAGGGAUGAAUGUUCUGGUGGAUAAACCAAAAAAGUUUGUCAACAAUAUGGAGGGUUUGAAACAGUGCCUUGCUGACUUCUGUAAAGACCUUCCCUGGGUGGAGAGGUUGGACCUAACCAACCCGCCAGCUGAAGACGUUCUUUUCAAAGUAGAAGGGAAAGUUCCAAAUCUGAACAAUGGAGACGUCAAUGCUGACGAUGAUUUCCAGAGGGAGAUGUUCUUCUAUCGUCAAGCUCAAGCUACAGUCCUGGAGGCACUGCCCCUUUUAAACAAGCAUGGCAUAUCCACCAAAAGACCUGACGACUAUUUUGCAGAGAUGGCCAAGUCAGACCAGCACAUGCAGAAGAUUAGGACGAAGCUCAUCUCAAAGCAGCAGAUAAUAGAGAAAUCGGAGAAAGCAAAGAAACUCCGCGAGCAAAGGAAGUUUGGUAAAAAGGUCCAAAUAGAAGUAAUCCAGAAGAGACAGAAAGAGAAGAAAGCUAUGAUGUCUGCUGUAAAGAAAUACCAGAAAGGAAUGAGUGACAAACUGGAUUUCUUGGAAGGAGACAAAAAGAUGGGUAAAGACUCUUCUCAGGGCCCCAAGAAAGCGUUGAACAAGAAGGGCUCCAAUGCCAAGAGAAAAUACAAGGACCAGAAGUUUGGCUUUGGGGGCAAGAAAAGUGGAAAGAAGUGGAACACCAAGGAGAGUUUCAAUGAUGUUUCCAGUUUCCGCGCCAAAGUGGCUCAUGCAAAGGGCGGCAAAGGAGGGAAGAAAGGCAAAGGAGGACAAAAUAAACGCCCAGGCAAGUCGGUACGCAAGAAGAUGAAGUCUCGCUCAUAAAAACUGUCACAGGCAGGUCAAUAGGUUGGAUUUAAACCUUUCUUCUAGGCAGGAUCUGCCCACUUGCUCCCCAGUCUCUCAUCCAUAUACUUCAGGAGCCAUUUAGGAGAACAUGGGCUUUUAUUCUACACUUUUUGUACUAUAUGCCUUCAGUAAAUGUCUGGAUUGAUAUGGAGGGACCCUUCAAGCCACAGACAGAGACACCUUCUGCCAUCUACAUAUAGGAAGCCGUAUGAAGGACAUGACGGGUGCAGAAAUGGUAAACCCAAGAGUGGACUACAUAGAGCUACCCAAACCACAAAGUAGUGUUCCAAAAAAAAGAGUAUCUGAAUGUUACGGAAAUAAAAGUCUGUUCUUUAUUAUAGACCAGUUUUUAUGUUCUAUGGACAUAAUUAUGUCUCUCUAUACCUAUUUGAUAAAGUGGUUUUAAAGCAACUUUCCGUGAUCACACCUCAAUAUCUACACCAACCUUCUUGCCAUCUAAUUUAUGCUGUGUGCUCCAGAGUGUUUAGUGUCUUCUUUUUUCUAGCUCAGCUCCUUGACUCAUUUCUCUCCCAUGUGACAUGACAUUUUAUAAUAUUGAGCAGCUGUUAGUUUUGCCCUUUCCCCACAUUAAUAUGAUAAGUAUGCGAUGGACAAGUGUGCUUCGUAUAGACCUGUGUAAAUGUUUCCCCUGCAAGUGUUUUUCUUAGCUUGCUAAGAUGGAAAUGAAAAAGGGCAGCUUCUGGCGAUGACAACUUUGUAUGAUUAAAAAAUCUGAACAUA